CAACAACAACAACAACAACAACAUGAUGUGUCCUUCUUUUCUGCUUCUUUGUCCUUCUCUGACUUCUCCUCAGAUUGAUAUUAGACUUACAACACGAAACCCAGAACCUUCCUCUUUCUCUCUCUUCCCAUUCCUUCUUUCAAGCUCUUCCCCUUCAUCUCUCUCCCUCUUUCCUUCUGUGAUUCUACUUAGGCAUCAUGGCCUUAUGCAAGACUAUCGAGAAUUACAUAUGGAUACUGAAGCAGUGAGAAAAAAGUUACAGGGUAUGCGAGAGAGAAAGGCAACAUUAAUGGCCGAAGUCCGAUUUCUGCGGCGGAGAUACAAACAUUUGAGACAAGAACAGCCUGUUAUGCAGCCACCAGAAAUCAAAAAGAACAGAGGAAGAUCAAAUGGUGGGAAGAAGAGUAAAACGCAAAUCCGAAUGGAAGUGUCUCCUAAUAAAGGAAGCGAAGCAGAAACUAAGCGUGUUUCACUUCCUGACUUAAACCACUCAGGAAAGGUUCAUGAGGAAACCAAAACCAGUCUUACGAAAAGAGUUCCAUUGUUCGAUCUAAACCAGAUAUCCGGAGAAGAAGAGGAAGAAACAGAAGCAGUGAACAAUAAUAGUGAAGAGAGAAUGAGAGUGGAAGAAAGCAGUUCAUGUAAGAGAAUGAGCAGCAUCGAGCAGAAAGAGAUGAAGCUAUCGUCUUGCAGAAAUGGAGGAAACGGUUCAAAUAAGAGGAAAAUUUCAUGGCAAGACCCUGUUGCAGCUCUCAGAGCC